CAUGCCAGAGAAGAAAUGAUAUGGGGGGACUAACCAGGUAUUUGUACUCUGGUGUCAAACAGUCCUGAUGUACCUCUUGGUAGCUGUGAGACUUGGUUCAAGUGACACCCUCUCUGACUUUGUAAUUGAAGAGAAGAUGUGUAAUAUGGGGCCUACAACAGCUCGAUACCCAUAGCUGUUGCUACUGAUUUAUGACUGUGACCCAACAUAAACACCCCAUGCAAGGAGAGAACAGUGCCCAAAUCAACAAAUCCAGAAGGGAGUGUCAAACAGCAAGCACUAAAUAAAUGUCAGCAACUCUUAUUAAGAGCUUUUAAAUCAUCAUCUACUUCCUGUGUCUGAGUCAUUCAGCUUCCCUGUGAAUACCAGGAGAGGCUUAUUUAAGAACUUCUGUGAAACACGCUUUAUAAGUCAGCUGGGCUUGAGGAGGUGGCCUAGAGCCCACACGCUAGACACCGCUGUCCUGUGGCUGAAGCCAGGAGCACCAAGAUGCCUCGGCUCCCAGCCUUCCUGCUGUUUCUCCUCCUUUCCAUCAGCAGUGCCCUGGCCCUGAGGCUCUGCUCCUUUAACGUGAGGUCCUUUGGGGGAGCCAAGAGGGAAAACAAGAAUGCCAUGGAUGUCAUCGUGAAGGUCAUCAAACGCUGUGAUAUCAUACUCCUGAUGGAAGUCAAGGACAGCAACAACAUGAUCUGUCCCACGCUGUUGGAGAAACUAAAUGGAAAUUCGAGAAGAGGCAUAAAAUACAACUAUGUGAUUAGCUCUCGGCUUGGAAGAAACACAUAUAAAGAACAGUAUGCCUUUCUCUACAAGGAAAAGCUGGUGUCUGUGAAGAAAUACUACCUCUACCAUGACUAUCAGGCUGGAGAUGCAGAUGUGUUUUCCAGGGAGCCCUUUGUGGUCUGGUUCCAGUCACCCUUCACCGCUGUCAAGGACUUCGUGAUUGUCCCCCUGCACACCACCCCUGAAGCCUCUGUGAAAGAGAUCGAUGAGCUGGUUGAUGUCUACUUGGACGUGAAGCGCCGUUGGAAGGCGGAGAAUUUCAUUUUCAUGGGUGACUUCAACGCCGGCUGUAGCUACGUCCCCAAGAAGGCCUGGAAGAUCAUUCGCUUGAGGACUGACCCCGGGUUUGUCUGGCUGAUAGGGGACCAAGAGGACACCACGGUCAAGAACAGCACCCACUGUGCCUAUGACAGGAUUGUGCUUAGAGGACCAGAGAUCAUCAGGUCUGUUGUUCCCAGAUCAAACAGCACCUUUGACUUCCAGAAAGCUUUUCUGUUGACUGAAGAGGAGGCCUUGAAUGUCAGCGACCACUUUCCAGUUGAAUUUAAACUACAAUCUUCAAGAGCCUUCACCAAUAGCAAAAAAUCUAUCUCUCCAAAGAAGAAAAAGGUCCGUCACCCCUAGAUACAAGGGUACCAUUAUAAUAACCAUUUCUUGCCUCUAAAUAAAACAGUUCUAACAGGUGGUAUGAGCUGCUGCCUGCAUUCAGGAAA